CUAAUUGCUUGGUGGCUAGAGGCGGGAUCUAAAACUUUAUUGGAUGUCUUUAAGCAUAAUAUGGCAGGAAUUAUAUCUUGGCACUUAUGGAAAAUAUACUGUAAGAUUCGAUGGGGUGAUUUGAUGGAUAUUCCUACUUCUCAGGCUGUUAUUCAUUAUAUUAAAUCUUAUACACAGCAAUGGUCGGAGGCAUCUUUGAAUAAACUCAGAUUAGGCAAUCCCAGUUCACUUUUUUUUGAGGAACGGUUACUACCUAGUUCGUUUAGAUCCAUCAGACCACGAAUUCGAGCUAUUAAAUGGAGUUUACCUUCACUAGAUUUCAAGAUGAAUAUUGAUGCGGCGUUCAGUCCGGUUCAGGCGGCAGGAGGAGCUGUGAUUCGAUCCCGAGCAGGAGAUUUUGAAGUUGCUUUGCACUUUCCCAUUUCAGCCUCUUCGGCUAUGGAGGCUGAGCUUGUUGUGGCUCACUACUCUGUGUCCUGGGCGAUUGAGAAGGGAUAUCGGAAAUUUGAGAUUGAGAUGGACUCCAAGCUUGUGAUUGAUGCUAUUCUGGGUGACGAUUUGGAGGGGAGAUGGAAGAGGGUGAUUCACGACCUAAGAAGAUGGAUGGUUGGAAAUCAUUUAUCUUUCAGACAUGUUUUACGGGAGAUAAACUGGCCUGCGCAUUAUCUUUCCAAAUUAAAUUUGGCUGAUCAGACAACAUUUAACGACAUCAGGUGUUUUCCUAAUUAUAUCAGACGUGUGAUUAUUGCUGAUAAAUUGGGUCUGAGCUACUUUAGAUUUGGUUAAUUUUUUCAGUUCUGUUUUGGCUUUUUCAGAUUUGUUUCUGUAAUCAAAUUCAUUAUUAAUAAAAUAUCGGCAACUGACUCACGGC